UUUGAGUUAAUUAUUUUGAAGGCCAAAUAUAUUUGAGUUCAGUAAGGAGUCAUUUCGUCAGUAGGAGAUUGAAGGUGGAAGGGACAGGCUCGUUAUCAGUUCAGCUCAAACCAUGAACGGUUCGGACAACCUAACGCAAAGCAGUUUGUCGUGCUUCAGUGUACCCGAUUCACAUCUUGUACUAACCGUAAAGAUAAUGGCCAUCUUGUUAGUGGGUGGAUUUGCUGUGUUUGGCAAUAUUUUGAUAAUCUUCCUCGCUGCCAGAUUCACCGUGAAAAGGAACAUCCAUCAUUUGAUCAUCAACAUGGCCGUUUCAGAUAUUCUCAUUGCUGUUGUGUUUUCGUAUGACCUCCUUACUUUUCUACUUCGUCUUCCACAUCUCUGUGAUCUUUGGGAUAAUGACGUUCUAGCCAUCACUAUAUGUACGGCGGCUUACUACUCCUUCAGCAAUGCUUCCAUGUAUGUGACUUUGACUAGUCUACUGAUAAUAAGUGUGGAACGGUUCAGAUCAACCAAGGUAACUGUACACAGAGUUCGUCCAUACACGAUGAAAAAACGUCUGGCACUAGUCUCAUGUUCUUGGCUGCUUCCUAUGGGACUUUCUGCCCACUUUGCUUGGUAUUCCCAAACUGAACAGCCUAGCACAACAGAGUCAAUAACAUUUUUCGUUUUGUUUUGUUUUGGCCAACUCUUUGUUCUUCUUAUGAUGUGUUUAGUUGUGAUAUUUAAUAUCAUGACUUCAUUCAGACUUUGCAAAUCACGUCGAACCUUCCCGCAAGGCAAUUUUUCUAACGAACAGAAGAGAGCUAGAGAAAAACAAACAGCUAAGGCAGUGAAAAUGGUGUUGUGUUCGACUCUACUUUACACCUGUUGUUAUCUUCCAGGUUUUCUCCAUUUCUUUUAUCUUGCUUUACACUUUUCCAGAGUGUUUUCAGUAUCUCCGCCAUAUUCCAGUUGCACUAUUGAUUGGAACACGUUACACUUUAUUCUUGAUUUCCUUUUUCUAGUCAACUCUUGCUUCAGUCCUUGYAUUUAUAUUGUUUUCCUAACUGAAUUCAGACAAGCAGCUAAAAGACUAUUGCACUAGUAAUGAAUAGCACUGAACUUAGUAGUCUAU